AAGAAGCUAUUGCCACUGAUGAGAAAUACCAGAGAGAAAAUGAGGCUAAGUUCCGAGCAGUGCAUCAGAAAGUGUCAUCUUACGAAGAAUUCAGGUUUCUUGAUUUUCACUGAUUCCUUUAUUGAUUUGAUACAAAAGAUGUAUAGAGACAUUAAUUUAUCCAUGAGGGCAACUUCCUUUGAAUUUAACACAGUUUAUAUGUGAGCAUUUGUAAGCCUGGUUAUUUUUAGAAUCUGAACUCUUCUGGAUGAAAGCACAAUAUUUGUAACAUCUCUAUUUUUGUCCCAACAGUGAUUGUCUGAGCUGCCUUCCCGCUGUUCUAUUGGUGCUGAGAAAUGUAUUCAUUUUAUAGUAGCCUACCUGCAGUGUGUUAAAACUGGAGAGUAAUAGUUGGCCCAUAAGAUUACUAGUUCACUGCAUGUAGAAUAUUGGUGAUAUAUUGUAUUACACACUAAAUAGCAUCUUAAACGUUAAUUAUGGAACAUAGAGAUUGGAAAGUGACCUAUGAGACCUUCUUGUCCAAUCCUUCUAUCUUAUGCGGGAAACUUACUACAACACUGAAGAGGGAUAUUGUUCUAGCUUCCCAUUUGAAACCUCUGGAAAAAAAGGACAAAAUGGCAAAUGGCAGAAAUGUGUUAUGGAACUCCUAUGCAGUUAAAACAAAUCACAAACAAGAGAGUAAGAUAGAAUUGCCUCAGGAAUUGGAGCGCCUCCCUGAGACCUCUGCAGAGUUCUACAGAGAUUGGCGCAGAUGUAUGAAAAACAAUCAGGAACGCUAUCACCUCCUGCUCCAACUUGGAUCCCAGAACUUGGGCCGGAUCUUCCAAACAGAUCUUGCCUUUGGCCUCUUAGGUGAAUUUCUAAUGGUGCUGAAUAAAAAUGCUCGCAUCGAAGACUGCAAUGCUAUCUUGGACAUCUUGGAGAAUUUAUCAGGCACCAAACGUUUUGGUCUAAACGUUGAACUCCUGAGUGAGAAAGAGAAAGAAAGCUGCAGGCAGUUGUUUGAAAAAUUGCAAAAAAUGGGAACUCCCCUUGGCGAUUUUCCUGCAGUUCCACAGGUUCCAAAUGAAGAUGGUACAGAUGUUACUGAAAUCCAUUGCCAAGCAGGUGAAGUAGUUGAAAGAAAAGUGUUAGAACUAAUGAGCCUUUACCAUAUCUCCUUGAUCAUGUCUUGAAUUUAUAUUAAUAACUACACAGGAUAUGGAAAUAUUAUAAUGUAAAGGAAGGACUAGAGUGCCCAUAAAAAAAGAUAAAAAUCAUAAAAAAUGAACCAUAUCCAUCAGCUAUUUUAGUAUAUAUUGGAAAUAUAGAAGAGUGAAUGAAGAAUAGAUACCUAGUCAAAGAGUCCUUGCCUCUUGCUUUUUGUCUCUGUUGCAUUAAAAUGUUAUAUCAACUUUACUUUCUCCAAUCACACAGUUAAACCAUUAUCAAUUAAAAAAUAUU